GAUAAAGCUGUACGCGCAAUAUGAGCUAGAAAGCUUGUUUACGUGUCCCAAUGCAGUCUUCAUAGCCAGCAAGCCCACGAAGACGCCACACGAAAGGCCAGCGGACAGUGCUAAUGUCAAUUGCUACUCAGCCAAAAAGAGGCGAUUCCCUUCUUGUUUUUUUAUUAUUUGAACUGAACUGUGAAACAAAUUUGGUUUAAAUCACGUUUUGCCGGUUCUCUGAUAAACAAGCAUAAAAUGAAUAUACACGUGAACGCCAAUACGCUCAAGUACGUGAGUCUGUUAACGUUGACCCUACAGAAUGCGAUCUUGGGACUCAGCAUGCGCUACGCUCGCACCCGACCCGGAGAUAUCUUUCUCAGCUCCACAGCGGUGUUAAUGGCUGAGUUCGUCAAGCUAAUUACGUGUCUGGUGCUGGUCUUUAAUGAGGAGGGCAAGAAUGCCCAGAUAUUUGUACGCUCGUUGCACAAGACCAUCAUUGCCAAUCCGCUGGACACACUGAAAGUGUGUGUGCCCUCGCUGGUCUACAUUGUGCAAAAUAAUUUGCUGUACGUGUCUGCAUCGCAUUUGGAUGCGGCCACCUAUCAGGUGACAUAUCAGCUCAAAAUACUGACCACAGCAAUGUUCGCCGUUGUCAUUCUUCGGCGGAAGCUCUUCAACACACAGUGGGGCGCUCUAUUGCUGCUCGUCAUGGGCAUUGUGCUGGUGCAGCUGGCCCAGACUGAGGGUGGUGGUGGAAGUGCUGCGGCUCCAAUGGCGGCAACAGAAAAAAUACCAAUAGCUGGCCAGGCACCCGCCCAGAAUCGUAUGCUCGGCUUAUGGGCGGCAUUGGGUGCCUGUUUUCUAUCUGGCUUCGCGGGCAUCUACUUCGAGAAGAUACUGAAGGGCGCCGAGAUCUCUGUGUGGAUGCGGAACGUACAGCUGAGCCUGCUGAGUAUACCGUUCGGCCUGUUGACUUGCCUCAUCAACGAUGCCAGUAGCAUCGCUAGCCAUGGGUUCUUCCAUGGCUACGAUGUGUUCGUUUGGUAUCUGGUCCUGCUGCAAGCCGGUGGUGGCCUCAUUGUUGCCGUCGUUGUCAAGUAUGCGGACAAUAUACUUAAGGGAUUUGCCACAUCGCUGGCGAUCAUCAUUUCCUGCAUCGCAUCCAUCUAUAUUUUCAAUUUUAAUCUAACGCUGCAGUUCAGUACCGGCGUAAUGCUAGUUAUCGCAUCAAUAUUCCUUUACGGCUACGAUCCCUCAAGAUCCGCCGCCAAGCCAACACACACUGUUCCCACCGAUGAGGAGAAGCUACUGCCGCGCGUCUGAGACAAUCGCAUCCUGCAUGCUCGUUAUCCGCUGCAAGCUCAUUUUGCCAAUCGUAUUAUAUUGUCAUAGCUCGUGUUUUCUUUAUUUUAUUUUUGAUGAUGCCCGUGUGAUGAUUGUUUCUGUACUUCAAUUUGAUAUUUGUACUGCUUUUGAUAUCUACUGGAAGCAGUCUGCAUUCCUACAUACGCUAGUAUGUAUGACUGUGUAUAUAUUACAUAUAUAUAUAUAUAUAUAUAUAUAUAUAUAUUAUAUUUAGUCCCCUCGGCUCUGGUCAACAACAUGGAAAUAAAAUUGUUGACUGCCAGUCCAAA